AUGUCCAUUGUCACAGUCGUUAUUAAUGACAGAUCCUACCUAAGGGCGCGUUUGACAUUCAUGUCUUUGAAAAAGAAUAAUAAUUUAAAGUAUAACAUAGUGCAAACGAAAAUGGCAACAGAGUAUGAGAAAAAAAUCUCUGAACUAGAGAAGAAAAUAAAGAAUUUUCCCAAUUUUCCUAAACAAGGAAUUCUUUUUUGGGAUAUAUUUUCAGCUAUAUCAGAUGGUGCGGCAUGUAAGCUAUUACAAAGUUUGCUCAUUGAGACAAUAAGAACAAAAUAUCCAGAUGCAGAAGCUGUAGUUGGCUUAGAAUCUAGAGGAUUCCUGUUUUCAUUCUCAAUAGCGGCAGAAAUGGGCAUAGGAUGCCUGCCAGUGAGGAAAAAAGGAAAGCUGCCUGGUGAUGUUAUAUCUUACAAAUAUGACCUAGAGUAUGGUUCAGACACUCUAGAAAUUCAAAAAGACUCCAUUAAGCCAGGACUAAAAUGCGUUAUAAUAGACGACUUGAUAGCUACAGGAGGUUCACUGAACGCCGCUAUACAGCUGCUUUCAAACAGUGGGGCUAAAGUCUUAGGUUGUUUGGUUAUCAUAGAACUUGAAUCGCUCAAAGGACGAAAAAAUAUCCCGAAAGAUAUACCUAUUCAUUCCAUGAUUAAGUAUGAUUGA